AUGGCCCGUCGCUGGAGCACAAAAGAGUCUCCGCGGUGGAGGUCUGCAUUGAUCUUGCUUUUUCUCGCUGGAGUGUACGGAAAUGGUGCUCUUGCAGAACAUUCUGAAAAUGUGCAUAUUUCAGGAGUGUCAACUGCUUGUGGAGAGACUCCUGAACAAAUUCGAGCACCAAGUGGGAUAAUCACGAGCCCAGGCUGGCCUUCUGAAUAUCCUACCAAAAUCAACUGUAGCUGGUUCAUAAAGGCAAACCCAGGGGAAAUCAUUACCAUAAGUUUUCAGGAUUUUGAUAUUCAGGGGUCCAGAAGAUGCAGUUUGGACUGGCUGACUAUAGAAACAUACAAGAAUAUUGAAAGUUACAGAGCUUGUGGCUCCACAAUUCCACCACCAUACAUCUCCUCACAAGACCACGUCUGGAUCAGGUUCCAUUCGGAUGGCAGCAUCUCCAGAAAGGGUUUCAGGCUGGCAUAUUUUUCAGGGAAGUCUGAAGAACCAAACUGUGCUUGUGAUCAGUUUCGUUGUGGUAAUGGAAAGUGUAUACCAGAAGCCUGGAAAUGUAAUAACAUGGACGAAUGUGGAGAUAGCUCCGAUGAAGAGAUCUGUGCCAAAGAAGCAAAUCCUGUGACAGCUGCUUCUUUUCAACCCUGUGCUUACAACCAGUUCCAGUGUCUAUCUCGGUUUUCCAAAGUUUACACUUGCCUCCCUGAAUCUUUAAAAUGUGAUGGAAACAUUGACUGCCUCGACCUAGGAGAUGAAAUAGACUGUGAUGUGCCAACUUGUGGGCAGUGGUUAAAAUAUUUUUAUGGUACUUUUAAUUCUCCCAAUUACCCAGACUUUUAUCCUCCUGGAAGCAAUUGCACCUGGUUAAUAGACACUGGUGAUCAUCGUAAAGUUAUUUUACGCUUCACUGACUUUAAACUUGAUGGUACUGGUUAUGGUGAUUAUGUCAAAAUAUAUGAUGGAUUAGAGGAGAAUCCACACAAGCUUUUACGUGUGUUAACUGCUUUUGAUUCUCAUGCACCUCUUACAGUUGUUUCUUCUUCUGGACAGAUAAGGGUACAUUUUUGUGCUGAUAAAGUGAAUGCUGCAAGGGGAUUUAAUGCUACCUACCAGGUAGAUGGCUUCUGUUUGCCAUGGGAAAUACCCUGUGGAGGUAACUGGGGUUGUUACACUGAGCAACAGCGUUGCGACGGCUAUUGGCAUUGCCCAAAUGGAAGGGAUGAAAUCAAUUGCACCAUGUGCCAAAAGGAAGAAUUUCCUUGUUCUCGAAAUGGUGUUUGUUAUCCUCGUUCUGAUCGCUGCAACUACCAGAAUCAUUGCCCAAAUGGCUCAGAUGAAAAAAACUGCUUUUUCUGCCAGCCAGGAAACUUCCAUUGUAAAAAUAAUCGUUGUGUAUUUGAAAGCUGGGUGUGUGAUUCUCAAGAUGACUGUGGCGAUGGCAGCGAUGAGGAGAAUUGCCCCGUAAUUGUGCCUACCAGAGUCAUAACUGCAGCUGUCAUAGGGAGCCUUAUCUGUGGCCUGCUGCUUGUCAUUGCGUUGGGAUGCACUUGUAAACUUUAUUCUCUGCGGAUGUUUGAACGAAGGUCAUUUGAAACUCAGUUGUCAAGAGUGGAAGCAGAAUUGUUAAGAAGAGAAGCUCCUCCCUCUUAUGGACAAUUGAUUGCUCAGGGUUUAAUUCCACCAGUUGAAGAUUUUCCUGUCUGUUCACCUAAUCAGGCUUCAGUUUUGGAAAAUCUGAGGCUAGCUGUACGAUCUCAGCUUGGAUUUACUUCAAUCAGGCUUCCUAUGGCAGGCAGAUCCAGCAACAUUUGGAAUCGUAUUUUUAAUUUUGCAAGAUCACGUCAUUCAGGCUCAUUGGCUUUGGUCUCAGCAGAUGGAGAUGAGGUUGUCCCUAAUCAGAAUACCAGCAGAGAACCUGAAAGAAAUGCUCACAGAACUGUGUUUUCCAUGGAGUCUGACGACACAGACACAGAAAAUGAGAGAAGAGAUCCAGCAGGAGCCUCUGGUGGAGUUGCAGCUCCUUUGCCCCAAAAAGUCCCUCCCACAACAGCAGUAGAAGCAACAGUAGGAGCAUGUGGAAGUUCCUCAACUCAGAAUACCCGAGGUGGAAGUACAGAUAAUGGGAGGGAGGUGACAAGUGCAGAACCUCCAGCUGUGAGUCCAGCGCGGCACCAGCUCACAAGUGCACUAAGUCGUAUGACUCAGGGGCUACGCUGGGUACGAUUUACUUUAGGGCGAUCAAGCUCUGUAAAUCAGAAUCAAAGUCCUUUGAGACAACUUGAUAAUGGGGUAAAUGGAAGAGAAGAAGACGAUGAUGUUGAAAUGCUAAUUCCAGUUUCUGAUGCAACUUCAGACUUUGAUGGGAGUGACUGUUCCAGACCUCUUCUUGAUCUUGCCUCAGAUCAAGGACAAGGGUUUAGACAACCGUAUAGUACAACAAACCCUGGAGUAAGGUCCUGUAAUCGAGAUGGCCCCUGUGAGCGCUGUGGUAUUGUCCACACUGCCCAGAUACCGGACACUUGCUUAGACGCAACACUGAAAAAUGAAACAAGUGAUGAUGAGGCUUUGUUACUUUGUUAGGUACGACUCAAAUAAGAGAGAUUGUAUACAAGUUGGAGCAAUAUCUAUUCAUUGUUUUGUAACUUUACAAUUAAAACUAGUUUUAGUUUAAAAAAAAAAAAACGAUGCAGGGUGAUUUCUUAUUCUGUGGCAGCCUGCAUGAUUAAAUUAAAUAUUUCUUGUAACUCUGAACUUGCAGAGUUUACUAUUUUAGCAGCUACAAAUGCAUUAUGUAAUCAUAUUGUUUGUUCAGUAAUGUUCUUCCAUUUGUUUGUAAUUGUUUUUAUCCUGGUACUGUAGUUCACAGUAGAAAUAUGGCUGCUGAAACUCAUUUAACUGUCAGUUUAUCCCAUGUUUUAGGUUUAUUUGUACAAAUAAUAUCUUACUUUAAUUGAUCUCUUUAUGCUUUUGCCAACACAUCUUGUAACUUAAUAUACUAGAUGUUAAGGUUGUUAAUAUAUAAAAAAAUCCUUAUAUUUGCCUGUGUUUUUAUUUGUAUAAAAUUUGUCUAAAUAAUACUGGAUUUCCUCAUAAUAUGAUCAUGUCAAAGGGAGAAAAAUAAUUUCUCUAAAUGUUUUUCUCUUAUGUUUAACAUGCAGUGAUGUGAAGUUUAGAUAGAGUUAGAUAAAUUAAUGGCAAAAAUGAAACUUUUAUAGAUUUUCUAAUAUUGACUUUAAUACUCUAAUGUAGUACAAACCAAAUGGUAAAAUCCUGUCAUUUCUUUUUUUCCUGUCUAUUAAGUGGGAUUAAGUGGAUGAAAAUAUUCUAUGCAUUAAAUCUUGAACUUUAUAAAACAUGUACAAAAACUGUACAAGAUAAGUUCCACCUGGUAACGUCUUCCCCUGAUAUAGGGUAAUGCUUAUAUUGGACCCUAGGGAUUUGCACUACAGUCUCGUCAAGGUUUCAGAUGAGUUUAGUGCAUAAGCACUAUCACUUUAAAUACUAUUAUUUGCUACCACAAUGACUAUAUUUUUCCAUAGCUUUUUUUUUUUUCUUUUGGCAAGGGGGUGCAUUUGUAUUACAACUUGAAAUUGCUUUGCUGGUUUCAUAUUUAUUUGUUGUAUUUAAAGACUGCAUUAUUUUAAGAAGUGAUUUUUUUUCAAUGUAUUUUAUUCAUUGGGGGGAUCAUACUACCUGUUGGAGAAGAGCAAAUUAAGAAAUCAUUCAGAUCAACCCCCCCCCCUUUUUUAAGUAGAGUGAAUUGCAUAUUUUUUAAUUGUCAAUUCCUAUUUAUUCUUUAGCUGUCUGUUUUAGUAGCUUAAUGAUUAUGAAGAGUGUACUUGUGUGAUUAUUGCUAUUUAUUAAAUUUUAAAUACUUUGCUGAAUGUUAUUUUAAAGCAUGUUUGAGGUCUUGUGUAUUUGUUAUGCUGUCAGGAAGAACUGACUAAAAUGUUUAGUAUGUAUCAAAAAUUAAAAUGACUUUUUUUGUAUUGCCUUGAGGUACUUUUUAAAUCCAAGUUGCUCUUUGUUUUUGUUGAAUUUUGGUGCAUAUACAAAUUCAAUCCAUAAAAUGUCAUAUAUCUAGAAGAAAAAUUAAAGGGGGGGAAGGAUAUUUUUCCUUAAUUAUCUUAUGUAAAGCAGUAGCUUAUACCAGUACUCAAACCUAAGAAUCUCUGAGGACCUGAGUAUUAUUUUGCCUUUGAGAAAAGUCUCUUAAUUGAUGUAUCUUUUAAGAUUCAGUAGCUCAAUUAGUUUUCUUUUUUAUUGUUUAAGAUACAUUUCAGACCCCUGUAGAAUAUUCUACUGGCAGAAUUCAGGCUACCAAAUUAAUCUUUUAGAGCCUACUAAUAAUGUACUAUCCUGUAUAGAGUUGUUUGUUUUGUUUUUUUUUGCGUGUGCUUUAAGUUAUUUUUUUUUAAUUACGUCUCAUAUCCUCCUGGUUAAAAGUAAGAGUCUGUCUCCUAGCCCUGCCUGUCAUCUUUCUAAUUUCCCUUCAAGGAGACAAAAACCAAUACCAGAUUCUUGCAUAUCCCUGCAGAGAUACCAUAUACAUACAUUAAUGUAUUCAUAUCUAUAAAUGCCGUAUAUGGCAGUGAAAAUUGUAGCAUACUACACAUACUUUUCUGCACUUUUUUUAAAGAGAAAAGUGGCAUCUAAUUAGACUUUAAAUAUUAAAAGUAAAGGGUAUUUCUGUUAUUUGAGUUUCACAUUUAAAUAAUUGGUUAUCCUGAUUUUAGGGCUCUACCUUCCUUUUUCCCAGGUGGCCACCUAGUUAUCCCAAAGCUAUUUAUUAAAUAACCCAUCCUUUCCCUGCUAAUUUGAAACGGCACUUCUAUCAGAUAGUAAAUUCCUCUAUUAUUUAGUAUGUUUCUAGUUCUGUUCUCGUCAACUGAUCUGCCUUUUUUUUAAAAUUAGUUCUACACUAUUUUAAUAAAUGUAGCUUUAAACUGUUUCAAAUAUUCUUGCUUAUUUUCCCAUUUGAACGUUAUAAUCAACUUGUUGAGUUUCACAAUACCCAUUUUUUUUGACAGCUAAAAAUAGAUAAUUAGGAAACUUAUCCCAUCAAAGCUUUUUAUCUAAAUCAUAAUGCCCUUCAUUUGUUCACCUUUUGUUGUUGUUUCCUUCAGAAGUGUUUUAAAUUUUACUUCAGGGAGAUAUAUAUUUUGUAAAAGUUUUUUCUUAGGAAUUUCAUCUUUUUCAUGACCAUUAUUAAUGAAGUCCUUGUAUUUUAUAAUUUAACCUGAUUUUAGUAUAUAUUAAGGCUGUUAAUUUAUUUAUGUUAACUUUGUACUGAACCACCUGAAUCCAUGUUCUUAUCAUGUGAAAUAGUAUUUCAGUUACUGGCUUUGGAUUUUCUAACCACACAAUCAUGUUUACUGUAGACAAUGAUAAUAUAACUUGUUCCAAUUUGCAUUCAUCUUUUUAUGUUAUUUAAUUGCAUUGUCUAGUUCUAGAAUAAUGUUAAAUAACGGUGAUAUUGAACGGGGUUCAGAUAGAUACAUUCAUUCAUGUUAAGGAAAUAUCCAUUGAUCCCUAUUUUUCUAAACAUUUUUCAUCAAAAAUGCAUGUUGAAUUUUAUUACAUGCCUUUCCAACAUCUAUGGAGAUGAUCAUAUGGUUUUUCUCCUUAUAUAUUUUAAUAUGAAUUAUAUUAAUAUAUUUUGUAAUUUUGAACCAUCUUUGCAUUCCUGAAAUAAACUCUACUUGGUCAUGGUGUAUUAUUCUUUUAAUUUGUUGUUAGAUUGUGUUUCAUAUUUUAUUCAGGAUAUUUGCAUUUCUGUUCAUCAGUGAGAAAAGGCUGUAGUUUUAUUUUUUUGUGCUAUCUUUGAGGAGUUUUGUUACCAGUUUUAAGCUGGUGACCUAAAAAAGAAUCUGGAAACUUCCCUCCUUUUUCUCUGCUCAGGAACGGUUUAAAUAGCAUUGGAAUUAAUCUGUUCCUUAAAAUUUCAUUGAAAUUAUUUGGGCCUGAUGGAUGCAGGUAGCUCUUUGGCAACUCUGUUCAUGUCUUCUGUGGUAACUGGGCCAUGUAGAUUUGUGUCUUACCUAAGACCAAAAAUCAUACAUUUUCUCCAAGUUUUCUGUUCACUUGGAAUUGAGGAGUUAUCUCUUCUGCUUCUAUAUAUAUAUGGCACGUUCCCUCUUGCUAUGACUUAUGUUAUUUAUGUAUUACACUUGCUUCCUUAUUUUCUCAAGAUAAAUAACAGUUGAGCCAUUUUUUUUUAAUUGUGUGUGUUUCCUCCCAAGUACUACACUUUGAGUGUCUAUUCUAUAAUUUUUCUGCUUUCUAGUUGAUUAGUAACCACUUUAAUGAAUUCCCUCUUUUUGGCUUUCCUUAAGUUUAGGUUGUUCUUUAACUCUGAGUGGAGCACUUGAUUCAUUUAUUUUUAUUGUUAAUUAUUGAUAUCAGAUUUAAGGUACAGACUUAAUUCUGAGCACUGCUUCAGCUGUCGUUACAACUAUUUUCUAGAUGUGCUGCCAUUUCAGUUUUGAUUUCCUCUUUGACCCAAGUGAGCAAUUUAUAAAAGAAGAUUUUGUUUCCUUUUUUCUUUUCUUUGCAUUUUAACUUUUUAGAUAUGGGAAAUUUGGUGUGGGUGGUAGUUUUCUAAUUCUCAUUAGUUUUUGUUUUAAUGAAUCAAGGUCAGAGGUGUUAAGUGUAAGAAAUCUACUUUGGAGAGUUACUGUCCUCAAUUUUUUUUUUGCUUGAAUUCUGUAAACUUUUAUUUUUGUCAUUGGUGAAGGAGAGGUAAUGGUACCUAUGUCACUGCAUUGUUGUGAGAUUAAAUCAUAAA